AUGACAAAAAUCGGUUUUGCAACGAGCGGAAAAAGGUGCUUUUCAACGGGGCCUACCGUGCCAAAAAUAUGUGGGAAUUGGAGCAACAGUUGGAUAGCCUAUUCUGGGAGGCGAACGUGCGCGCAACCGAGAAGGCCAUUGCGGCACCACACUGGGAUUUUAACGCAGACAUCGAGGUUCACCGAUUUGUACGCCGCGUGCAAGGCAGUGUGGUAUCGGGGGCGAUGGAGCUGGAACACUUCAAUGAUGCUGACAUGCCAAUUUGUCAUGCACCGACAACCGCAGAAUGGAGUAAGUGGGGUUGUCGCGAUGAACACCCGGGAUCACGCACGGAUUGUGUAUGGCGUUGGUAGUAUAGAGGUGAAACUUGGGAUGCGGGAGCGGGGCGGACGUUUACCGAAGGACUCAUGCGACGUCCAUGGGUAG